AUGAUAGGAAUCCACGAAGCUGCCAAACGCGGCGAUGAAUCGGCGUUGUCGGAACUCCUCAAGGAUCCGGGGUUCGACAGAAUCAAUGAGAUGGAUGACAAACGCUGCACGCCUCUGUGGAUCGCUUGUCGUGAGGGACAUACGGCCUUUGUUCGAGCGCUUUUGAGCCAUGAAAAUUUCGAUGCCAGCAUGGCAAACACCAUAUGCGAGAGCAACCACACGCCCCUCCAGGUCGCUGUGUGUUUUAGAAACGAUGACAUCGUUAAAAUGUUGCUUGCUCAACCCAACAUUAACGUCAACACCAGGGAUCGCAACGGCCAUACCCCAUUGACUCUGGCAGUGAAAAAAGGGUUCGAAAGUACUGUUGCUCUACUGCUGGACAUGGACGAAAUCGAUUUCGGUCUAGAUGGCUGCGGCAGGACGCCACUUACAACGGCUUUCGAAUGUGGCCACUUGACAUUAGCAUCGAAGCUAUUAAACGCUGAAAGAUGUCGAAGUCCAACAGGGAUAAAACAGACUUUAUUAUCGUGGGCAUCAGCAAAUGACAAGAGAGAUGUAGUGCGGCAGAUCAAUGAUCUAUACACUAUAAACCCGAACCUGCAAGACGGCGAUGGAGAUACAGCACUUUCUAAAGCUUCUGAGCGCGGCAACUUGUCCAUGGUACGACUUCUGCUUGAGAACAGUGCAAUCGAUGUAAAUUCGAAGAACAAGGAUGGCAGCACUCCAGUGUCGCGAGCUGCCUUGCAUCAACAUAAGAAUGUGGUGCAGCUCCUUGCAGCAAAAGAUAACAUCACGCUACAUUGUCUUGUCCGAGAGGGCAACCUAGAGUUGACAAACUAUCUACUUGACUGCGACAUUGAUGUUAAUCACAAAGACCCUUACGGAAUGACUGCAUUACAUAUCGCGAUCAUCUCCAGAAAGCUGCAGAUUGCCGAAAGUCUCAUAUUACGGGGAGCCGAUAUCAACGUCAAAGACACGACUGGCAAAACACCCUUGAUACUCGCCGUUCAGCAUAGGUUGCAUGACUUAGUGAAGCUAUUGAUGUCCAGAUCGGCAUCUAUGAUUGGUAUACAGAUCAUCGAUUGGCACAGGGUGUACAAUCUCCCCUCUCCAGAGUGCGUUCUACGUAUUUCCGAACAUGUGGGUGGAGUGAAACAAGUGCAGUGGGUUGAUCCAAAGUGCGCUUUACAGUAUGAUCCGGAUACAGUGAGGAGUCUGCUACAAGUCUCCAGCUUCACGGCUUGGGCAGGCUUUUGCAGUAGACACAGGCUUAACAUUGCUUUGCCGGGAGGUAGCAGACGCGUCGAAUCAGCAUCGGUGUUCACAGAACAGAACCGCUUAUCCGCUGUUGCUAUUGCAGUCUGGGUCCCACAUUCACGUAUGUUUACGGAGGACUCUGGAUGGUAUGAGUGUGGCAUAGCAUGGACAAUAGGUGGCACUGGCGAUGGUGAACUCAACCAAAAGACUAUAGACCACUACAGCAUGAUACCAGAUGGGUGGAUUCCCGAAGAUGGUAUCAGAUUCUUUGAACGGCUUAUCGUAUAUUUGACUACGAGUUGGUCAGCGCUCUGUACUGGGGCUGAGGAUCAUAUGUCCGAACGUCGAAUGAAACAACUACAAGAAAAAGGUCGCUCAGAAAUGAUUGACGAUCUAGCUGGAGAUGCUAAGAACUUGGCUACACUUCGUCGUUGUCUCCGCACACAAGUUCAAGACGCAAAGACAUUUGUCGACUAUUACGGGCGUUCCCAGGGCUUAGACGUGGACCAACAAACUCUUAAGACGAUUGAGGGAUUUACUAAUAUUGACGAUCUACUCAAAGAGUUGGAUCAGACCAUCAGAGAUUUGUUGCAGUUGGAAUUUGCAUGGGUCUCGAUUCAUGAGGCUCACAAGUCGACAAGCCUUGGAACAAGCAUGAAAAGACUGAGUUGGAUAACGUUUAUCUUCCUGCCGGCCAUGUUUGCAUCGAGCUUGUUUGGCAUGAAUGUGAACAUACUGGAGAACAAUCCUGACUGGCGCUGGUAUCUUCUUUUCAUCGAGACACAAAUUGAGAAGCAUUUCAAACAAUGGAACAUGAAGUUCAGUGAGAGGAAAACGAAUCAAAAGAACAAAGGUACAGCAGGGCCUCCAGUCUAG